AUGGACAGCCGCGAGCAGGCUCAAAUCCCCCAUCCGCCACACAAGACCGUACUUGAUCCCCUUCCGCCUCCCAAGACAAUAGCGGCGUACAUGGCCGAGAAUCCGGGCACGUCGGUCGCCAAAGCCAUGGCCCAUCUCUUCCCAAAGUCGCAGCCGUUUUCCCGCUUCAUGGCAAGAUUCCCGGGCAAACACUCGGUCAUCAAGGGCUUGUCCGAGAAGGAGCUCGCGUUUCUCGAAUCGCAAGGCCCAGAAAUCCGGCGACGCGCAGGCUGGAAGCUACCGGGCGAGGAAGGUGACGGCGUCGAGGUCUCGGAGCUCUUUUGGAAGAUCUACCUCUCAUGUUUGCCGACCAUCGAGAGAGACCCGCUCGCCGGCUACACCUCACCUGACCUGCUGGGAAGCACGACGACGAUGCCCCUCAGCAUCAUCUCUCUAAUUCCCGACAUCAUGAAGCACUACCGCGACGUCAUCGUCCGAGCACAGCAUGAAGUCUUCCUUGCGACCAACUACUGGCAACCCUCCGAUUCCGUCAACACCGUCUCUGAGGCUCUCAGGGAGCUCUCUGCUCGCGUGAUGAAGGAGGGCCGCCCCAAGGUGGUCGUCAAGGUCAUGUACGACCGUGGCAGCUGGGAGCAGCUCUGGAACGCCCAUGCACCGGUGUCAACGGCCGUCUGGACCAAGCUCGACCUCCCUGAUGCCAAGGACGUGCCCGGGCUUCAUCUCGAAGUGAUAAACUUCCACAAAGUGUUGCUUGGCACUUUCCAUGUCAAAUUCCUGAUAGUCGACCGCAAGGUUGUCCUCAUCAACAGUUGCAACAUCCAAGAUCGCCCAAACCUGGAGAUGAUGACUCACCUAGAGGGACCAGUCGUGGAUUCAUUCUACGACGUUGCGCUGCAUUGUUGGCACAACAAGCUCGAACCGCCACUGCCCUGCAUUUCUAAACCGUACGACCCUCCCCGAGACGCCGACGGAAACGUGCGAUACUUAUUCCGCGACUACAACCCCUACUUUCGAGACAUUGAGGUGCUCAAGGCGGCACGCGCGGCGCGCAAGUUACUGCGCAUGCAGACCGAGCAAAUUGACGAAGAAAACCGGGAGUUGGACUCUCAUCCAACUCGCGACCGUCUCGUCGAGUCGUUCCGCCAGGCGAUGGCUGGCCCUCGACAGAGCUUCGCACACAACAAGGAGGAGCUCGCCAAAAGCUUUGCUCACGGCCGCGCGGAAGUCGCGCAGCGGGGUGCGACUGCCAUGAAGGAGAUGCGCGCUUACGGAGAGCGCAUGGGGAUGAACUUUAGCAGCCGCCCGGGCAGCAGGAGAACGAGUAUGACCGACCCUGACAUUCGUCGGCAGUACCACGACGAGGAGACCGCCGCGAUCACGGCUGCAAACAAGCUUAUCACAAAGCCAGCCCCCUCAGAAGCGCCGACGUCCCCAACGCUCAACGAGGUCCCCAUCAGGUCGAACACAUACCCUUUGCCCGGUCCCCACGCUCACUUCCACCAUGACCAUGACGACGACGACCCGUCUACAACUGUUAACAGCUCUCGUAGACAGAGCUUCCACUCGGCUAACGAGGCUCUCAGUCACGAUGCCCAUGGGCCGCCUAUGACGGCUGACUACACCGAGGCCAUCCUCACGGACCGGAUGGUGGAUAGCCCCACUGUUGCGAUGAAAGACCUGGAAGAGCGACCUGUGAUGGAGAAACGAGGACAGGAGAUCCUGUCGCCCGUUCCCAACGGUCCUGUGACGUCCAAGUCGGCACAUCCGAGCGGCCCGUCGGCACCGUUCCCGCCGUCGUCCCCGUUUGACGACGAGGCAGCACCGAGUACCGACGACUCUGGAGCGAUGCCCCACGCGACUCGCAGACGCUCUUUCCAGAUGUCGAUGGACGAGGAGGUUCCGCCAGGGCGAGGCACGAAACGCAUGUUCAAACUGUCAAAGCGCUUCAAUGCCGGCGCGCUCAGCGAAGCAUGGGCAACAGUCGAAGACUCGGACGACCUCGACAGUUUCCGGGCUCACCGCAUUCACGCCCCGCACGACCCCUUCCCCGUGGCGAUGGUAUGUCGCCGCCCUCACGGUGUUCCGGGUCAUCACGACAUCUCAAAUCCCCAGAACGCCGCUUGGCUCGCCGGUUGUCGCUACGCGAAGCGCAAGGUGUUCAUCCAAACUCCUACUUUCAAUGCGCGGCCUCUCGUGCGGGCUGUUAAGCACGCAUGUCGCCGUGGCGUCGAAGUCGUCUUAUUCCUCGAUCUGGGCUUCAACGACAUGGCUGAGAGUAUCAUGUUCCAGGGUGGUACGAACGAGCAGGUUGUCGAUCGCCUGUACAAGAAGCUCAAGAAGGAGGGCAAGUCCCAGUUCCUCAAGGUUUACUGGUACACAAGCAAGGACCAGAUCCGCCCCCUUAACGCGAUCAUCAAACAGCGCAACUGCCACAUCAAGUUUGCGGCCUACGAUGACGAAGUCAUGAUCAUGGGCAACGCCAACGGCGACACGCAGUCGGUGUUCCACUCUGGAGAGGUUAACAUCAUGAUUGACAACAAGCAGGUUGUCGCCGAAGUGAUGGACACUCUUAUUGCCAACCAAAACACGAUGAAGUAUGGCGGCGUGCAGGCAGAUGGGGUGUGGCGCGACAGCGAGAACAAGACUCUUGCCGACUAUGGCGCGACAGGCGGCGGUGGCUUCAUUCAAGGCUUCAAAGCAUUUGUCCGGUUUGCCAAGACGGCUGCCAAGUAG